CCUGUUAAAUUUCCCUUAUUUCCUGAUAGCCAUCACAUCUGUCCAGCGAGGCAGGUGCUGAAGACUCAGGAUGCCUGCUCAGAACACGCAUGCUCAGCUCACAAGUCUAAGCUAGGAUCAUCCCUCAUUUAUCUGCUUGGGAUUAAAUAGUAACAGGAUUCCUGAUAAAAUAAUGCUUAGGAAACAGGUGCAAGGUGAAUGAGCUAUGCAAUAAGAAAUACCAACAGUUUUUAUUUCAGUUUUUUAUUUUUCCCUCCUGGGAAUGAGCCCAGAGCCUUAAGCAUGAUAAAUAAGAAUUCUACCAGCACACCCCACCUGAGCUCUUGCAAGUUCUGUUCUUCAAGACUUCUAUCUAGUACAAUUAAUUAAUUACUUUCUUAUUUAUUAUGUGCAUGUAUGGGGUGUGCACGCCAUGAUACCCGUGUGGAGGUCAGAUGAUAACCUGUGGUAACCGGUUCCUCUUUCCUGGUUAUGGGACCUGCAGACUGAACCCCAGUUGUCAGGCUUUCGAGCAAGCACGUUUCCCUACUGGCUUAUCCCUGCAGCCUCCCAGCAGAGGUUUAAAGGGGCUUUAGCAUCUCCCGUGUUGGGUCGCCUUGGCCUCUAUUCCAUUUCCUGUCCUCUGUUGCUCUCAAUAUUGAGGGACUUACUUCUGUUUGUAUGUUUGUACACUUUUGUGUGCACGUGCGUGUCGCACACACGUGUUUACAUAUGUGUUCUUGUGGGGAGCCAGGUUUCUUCCUGAAACAUAGUCCACAUUGUUAGUCUUGAGUUAGGGUCUCAGUAUGGCCAGCCAGCUAUUCCUGGGGCUGGAGUGCUGUCCUUAGUGCUGGCGUUCCAGGCGUGCACCGCCACAGCCAGCGUCUGACAUGGGUGUUGGGGAUAUGAACGCAUGACCAGCAAGUUGCUGACUGAGUCAUCUCCCUGGUCUUUACUGUUGUUAUGUGUGUCCAUCUCCUGAAACGAUAUGCUGUCAGAUCCCAGUGAGGAGCCACACGUUGUACAUCAGCUUUUUGUUUGCUUGGGUUUUUUUGUUUUUUUGUUUUUUUUGUUUUUUUGUUUUUUUGUUUUUUUUUGUGCUGCUGAGGUUGGAGACCAGGGCCAUGUGGUGCCAGGCAAGGCUCUGCUGCCAAGUCCCUCCUCAGCCUUCCUUCACCUCUUCAUCCUGCCUCCCUUUGCAAACUUCAGGUCUCUUUUCUAUUUUGCCUCUCCCAGUUCCUCCUCAUCUCUAACUACUCUCUGCUGCAUUGCUAACUUCAGUGAUGGCUACUUACUUUGAUUCUGCUCAUGGGUACCAGUUUAGAGCCUCUUUCUCCAUUAUUUACCUCUGUGUGUGUGCGUGUGUGUGCACUCACGUGAGUGUAUGUACAUGUAAGCGCUGGUACCCUCAGUAGGAGCAGCAAGUGCUCUUAACUCCUGACUCAUCUCUUCAGUCCCCAUAGCCUCUCCAAAUAAGUUCCUCCUUGAUCAAAGCAAUGCUGUCUCCCUGUGACCCGUGCCAGGAUGCGUGGGCAUCCAUUCCUUCUGCUGUCUAUUGUAUCAAAGUGGUAAUGUGUUAGGUACCCCGUACACAACAGCUUAGUCUCCACCAUGGCCCUCAGGUACAGAUGUGAAUGCAGCAUGAAGUGGGUCAGAGAGGGCAGGUCUGUAGUAUUGGAGGCCAGAGCUCCUAGGUUCUCAGGGCGCACAGGGAUUAGUUAGCUACACUGUAGCACACAUGGCAAAGCAUUUGGUAAGUGAAUGGUCUUUGUGCCGUGCUGUCAGGUUUGAUGUGUGACUGAGGUGGCGACUGGGCUUGGUGUUUGCAAGUUGGGACCUCCAAGCCCAUGACGAGGGUAGAGGUAUAUCUGAGUCCUGUGCUUUGAUGCUUGUGUCUGUGUGGGAGUCAGGGAUAAUCAGAGCUCCUAUGCUUUGGUCCUGGCCCUGGUCACACGACUCCUUCCCAGCUAGAACAGGGGCAAGCAGAUACUGUCCAUGUCAGACCUUCAUGGUUCGAGAGUGACAUAUGUCAGGUGCUUGAUGGUGUCCCAGGUCCCAGGUGGCAAGCUUUGGGCUUGGUGUUCCUAGACACAACCCUCACCGUCACACUGGCCCACCUGCCAGCCAGCCGUCUCCACCUGGAUGUCUGCAACAUUGUAACACAUGCAUGGUUUCCCUUCAAGCGUUUGUUCCCUGCCUGUCCUCCAUCUCUGAGUGUUAGGGAUGAAACUGCUCUGGACCAGUUUCAGAGUCUGCCGCUGCUCCCUCCUUUCCUUUUGCUGUUGUCACCCUCUCCUCUUUGGUUGGCAAAUCCAGUCAGCUGAAAAGACUCUGACUCCCCAGCCACUGGCUCUAGCGGGAGCCUGGCCAUCCCUGCCACCUCUUCCUGCCUCUACAGCCUCACAACACAGCAGGCCAGGAUCCUGCUCCCCUGUGGACAUCCAGGGGCUUCCCUUGGAGCCCUGGCACUGUACCUUAACCUCACCCCACAGGUUGCCAGCUCCCCUCCACCAUCUCCUCUUGCUUCCCUGUCCAGCCCCAGCAGACCCUGUUUCUCCUACCCCAGGUCUCUUCAUCUGCAAUGCCGUUGGUCUCGAAGGAGCCUUGCAUGACCCUCUGACACAUCUCACAGGUCGGGCCAGUUUCUAUGAGGAGUAUGGCGUCAUCCGUGACACGCUGCAGAACCACCUGACUGAGAUCCUCACGCUGGUGGCCAUGGAACUGCCUCUCAACAUCAGCAGCUCAGCCGCCGUGCUCCAGCAUAAGCUCUGGGCCUUCCAGGCCCUGCGGGGGCUGCAGAAGAGCAGUGCCAUCCUGGGCCAGUACCAGGCCUACAGCGGACAGGUGCGCCGAGAGCUGCAGAAGCCAGACGGCUUCCAGAGCCUGACACCAACCUUCGCAGGUGUCCUUGUCCACAUCGACAACCUGCGCUGGGAGGGUGUCCCUUUCAUCCUGAUGUCUGGCAAGGCCUUGGAUGAGAGAGUGGGCUAUGUUCGGAUUGUGUUUAAGAAUCGGGCGUACUGCACCCAGAGCGAGAGACACUGGGUGCCGGAGCAGAGCCGGUGCCUGCCCCAGCAGAUUAUCUUCUACAUUGGACACGGUGAGCUGGGCCACCCUGCCAUUCUGGUCAGCCGGAACCUGUUCAAACCCUCACUACCCACUCAGAAGUGGAAGGAGGUGCAGGACCAGCCUGGGCUCCGCCUGUUCGGCCGUCCUCUGUCUGAUUACUACGCCUACAGGCCUGUGCGGGAGCAAGACGCCUACUCCACCCUCCUGUCGCACAUCUUCCACUGCCGAAAGGAGUCCUUCAUCACCACAGAGAACCUCUUGGCCUCCUGGGUCUUCUGGACCCCGUUACUGGACAGCCUGGCCUUUGAAGUUCCACGCCCAUACCCAGGGGGAGCCGAGAAUGGCCAGCUGCUGGACUUUGAGUUUAGCGGUGGUCAGCUGACCUUCUCCCAGCAGCAGCUGGAGGUGCUGAUACCAGAUCUAGGCUCAGUCCCAAAGCCCAGUGACUUCCAGGUCCUCGGGGCCCGGUAUAGACAGAGCCCACUGAUUACCGCCUGGCCAGAGGAGCUGAUCUCUAAGCUGGCCAGUGACAUUGAAGCCGCCGCGGUGCAGGCAGUACGGCACUUCGGCAAGUUCCACCUGGCACUGUCAGGUGGUUCGAGCCCCAUAGCUCUCUUCCAGCAGCUGGCCACAGGACAUUACAGCUUCCCCUGGGCCCACACACACCUCUGGCUGGUUGAUGAGCGUUGUGUCCCUCUCUCAGAUCCAGACUCCAACUUCCAGGGCCUGCAGGCUCACCUGCUACAGCACGUCAGGGUACCCUACUACAACAUCCACCCGAUGCCAGUGCACCUGCACCAGCGGCUCUGUGCCGAGGAGGACCAGGGAGCUCAGACCUAUGCCAGUGAGAUCUCAGCCCUGGUGGCCAACAGCAGCUUCGACCUGGUGCUCCUGGGCAUGGGCACCGACGGGCACACAGCUUCUCUGUUCCCACAGUCCCCCACAGGCCUGGAUGGUGAUCAGCUGGUGGUGCUGACGGAGAGCCCGUUCAGGCCACACCAACGCAUGAGCCUCAGCCUGCCCCUCAUCAACCGAGCCAAGAAGGUAGCUGUCCUGGUCAUGGGCAGGACAAAACGUGAGAUCACAACGUUGGUGAGCCGCGUGGGCCAUGAACCCAAGAAGUGGCCCAUCUCAGGUGUGGUGCCUCUUUCUGGGCAGCUGGUUUGGUACAUGGAUUACGAGGCCUUUCUGGGAUGACAGUACCAUCCUGGUCUUAGUCACUCUCAGCCUUCCUCUUUAGCUGCCCACUGUGCCUCAGCUGUGUGGAGCCUGGUACCAGAGUCAGGCCCCAGAGAAGGGAGGACAAAACUCUGUGCCGACUUCCUGGACCCACUGGUUCUCGGGAAUUUCGGUGCCUGCACAUGGAAACAAGGUAGAGCUCUGGCCUCAAAACCCAGAUAGGAGAGGGACUAAGGCCUCCAGCAGUUACACACCAGUAGCUACAACACACAGUAAGACUGGGCGAAGGCUCCACGCUAAAGAACCAAAGUGGCCUGCCAAGACUGGCCUGCGAUCUUCAAACUGGUUUCUGUGGAAAGAGGGGCCAGUGUUGAUGGGGAGCAGGGUGCAGAGACUCCUGGUGAAUGUCUUGCUCUGAGCCAGGCCAGCAGAGUAGACACAAUCCUGAGCCUGCACCGGGCGCCUUGCCUCUUCUGGUAUCCCAUCAUCCCUCUGUGCACCUAGCUGAGAUCCAGCGCUCCUCCGGGCAGCUUCUGUCUACUCUGGGAGGACACCCACUGUCCUCAGUAUUCCCCAUUACCCCUCAGCCUCUCCCUCUCUACAGACACAGACACUGCCACGUCAGAAGUUCCCCCAGAUCUAGAGACCGGGGCUCCCUUUCCCACUAAGAACUGUUAUGCUGUCAUUGGGCUGUCGGGCAUCUCUGAUCUAUCUAGACGGGAGGGCUCUGUCUGCUCCUGGGUCGGGGGUGACUCCAGAUCACAGCCUCUUUCUAGGGCUUAUGUGGCCAAUUGCCAGCAUCAGGGCAGACUGCAGCUAGCCCUCCUCACACUACCUCUCUCUGGCUUCAAGUCUGGCAGCAGCCCCUCCUCUGCCGGGCAUCUCCACCAUUCUUACUGACGAACCUGGUACCACUGGGAACACUACAGGCAGCUCCUAACUUCAGUCCCCUCCAGGGCCAACAACAUAAACAUUUCAGGGCACAUACAGUUUUCAUUUAGGCCUCCUGCUGAGUCAUGUGAACAAGGGAAGGCCCAGAAGGGUUAGGAUGGCCCGUCCUCACAGUUACCUAUGUGUCAGUCACAGAGUCUCCGUGUCUUUCAGAAUUUUCCCAUAGAGAGGUUUCCUGUGAUGAGGAGCGUCAGGAAAUCUGUUUCUCUCCUUUUAUUUGAUUGUACUUUCUCCCAGACAGCACAUGGAAAAGAAUUCUUGCUUUCACUAGAGAUGUGUGCAUAGAGUGUAGCCUGAGCUGAGGGCUCUGUAUGAAAGGCACUCUUGUUGAAAUUCUGCUUACUCUGACCUCCAGUGACCCAGACUGACAGAACACCUCUAUUCCUUGGCAGAAAAGAGGAACGCCCUGGGGUCCUUUCCUGGCCUGCUUUGCUCAGGCUUGGAUGCAGGUAGUCGCAGGUGAAGUUCCACCUUUAGCCAUGUGGGGGAGCCCACGUGCCACCACUCACAUUCCACCCAGGAGGCGGGUUUUAGUGCCAAACGUCUUUUCUUCGCUUUUCUUGCUCACUGCCUCUCAGGCGUCUUAGCCCAGUGCGUUUUCAUCAGUUCUUAGGGACUCGGCCUUCUGCAGUUGCAACAUCAGAGAGCAAGGGGCCUUGCAUGCCUCAGGAGAGAGGGUGCCCAGGCUCUGUGUCACCAUUCUGAAUAACGGUGAGUCACUGCCCAGCCUGAGCCUAGAAUGUCCCGUUCUUAUCCAGAUGAAUGACUCGCCUCUGUCUGUGGGGAGUCUCUGCACAGGGGAGGCCAGUGUGGGGGAAAUACCAAAGAUCUCCUUUCCGGAAGCAAGCACAAAUAAAAUUUCAUUGGAAAGGUUGGUGGGGGACAUUGUCUGUGUUCUCUGGCAUGCACCUGUGUGUGCCCUUUCCCUUUCUGCCCCGGGUUAGGAAGGAGUGAUGUUCAGAGCCAGGACCACGGAAGAUGCUGCUCUUCAGACUUUCUGAACCAUCAUCCACAGCCAGCAGGGCUUUACCAAUCAGUCACAUCUGUGUACGAAUCUGUCUCAGGAAGGAGCUCUCAGCCUUAAGACCUGGGAUACCCUCUAUUUUUUUAAAAAUUUUCAUUAAAAAAUUGUUGCUUGCAAACCACUUAA